AUGCUCUCGCGACCAGUCUUCCUUGGCCUGUGCACUAGAGCUCCCUACCGUAUCUCCAGACCUUCACCCUUCCUCGCCCGCUCGUUCACUCCCUCAGCCAUGACUCCGUUCGAGAAGCAACCCGUGACCGACCCGGCGAGUGUGUCAAACCCUCUCGGCCACGGCAACUACAUCAAGACGGCAGGAUGCCUGAUUAUCGGCGACGAAGUGUUGAACGGCAAGACCAAGGACACGAACAGCAACUUCUUUGCACAGUUCUGUUUCGACCUCGGCAUCGAGCUGAAGCGCAUCGAAGUCAUCGCCGACGACGAAGCGGAAAUCGUGGAGGCCGCGCGCCGCAUGACCCAGAACUACGACUUUGUCGUGACCUCCGGCGGCAUCGGGCCCACGCAUGAUGACAUCACGUACGAGUCGCUGGGUAAGGCAUUCGGCCUCUCGCUUGAACACGACGCCGAGACCCUGCGCCGCUUGCAGAUCAUGACGACUGAGGAGCGGCGCGCCCAGCUCGCCAAGGCAUCCCCAGAAGAGGUCACCGCGCGGAAUCGCAUGGCUCUCUUCCCUAUUGCCAAGGGUGGGCAUGGCAGUGACGGACAAGGCGGUAACCGGUCCGAGAUCCUGUUCGUGUGCGACGACCGUUGGGUACCCGUCGUCCGGCUUGGCGGUAAGCUCUGCGUGUUCCCCGGCAUUCCCAGCCUGUUCCAGCAGCUGCUCCUAGGCUUGGUGCCGUACCUUCCCCUCCCGCCGGCGUCAUCCAAGCCCUUCCGUCUGCUCAUCUUCUCCAACUGGCCAGAGUCCAGGAUCGCGCCAUACCUCACCGAACUGCAGGCACGAGUUAAGAAGGAGGGCAUUCGCAUUGGAUCUUACCCAUACCUCUACAAGGGCGUGCACGUGAGUCUGAUCGGACACGACGUCGAGCGAGUAAAGGAGCUUGGCAAGGAAGUGGCGGAGAAACUUGAGGGCGAAGUCAUGUCAGAGGGGACACUUGGGAAUGACAAGACAGCUGCGCCCACCAAGGAGUGA